GAUAAGUUUACAGUGAGUGUAAUAAAAGUGACAAUACUUGGCAAGCCUUAGUUGUGGCAAGAGGUCAUUUUCAUUUCGUGUAUUGUGUUAAGUGUCUGUUAAUUUUAUGGACAUUAUGAAGCUGAAACCAUAUUUAAUUUUAAAUACCUUAACCAUAUGAGCUACAGAACUUUCAUUUAUUAUCUGUCAGAGUACAGUAAUAGAAGCUAGAGUGAUCAGUAUUUAAAUGGGGACUUCCAACAGUGUAAUGGUGAGUUCAUUGGAAUUGUUAACUUCAUUGUUUUGAGCAGGUUGGGGUAAAAGGCAGUUUCUUUACUUCCACUCAUAGUAUGCCAAAAGCGAACAAUACACACAGGUGUAAUGUGUUGUGGUGCAGCAGACAGAACAGUUAGUGAUUCAUCUCAGAUUUCUUGUGUUUUGGGAAAUAAAUAGCACAAAUACAAACAGCACAUGACUGGGUCAAAAUCAAGGUUACCAACACUUUUCCUAGAACAAGUUUAAUAGAGACAGUGUAGUGGGACCCGCCUAUUGACGAACAUUGGCAGUGAAACAGUGUGAACAUCACAUGACACAUUUGAAUUGCACAGUGAAUGUCUACAUGAAAUAUCUUGAGCAUUUACAGAAUAUUAUUGUUUUUGUGGGGAUGCAGGCUGGGAGUGUGUUCCAUGAAAAAUGAAGUACAUCAUUCUUGAAAAUUUCUCGGGUAUUCAGCCAGGUAGCGUAAUCCAAAAAGCACAACAUUUCAGCAAUCCGACUUCUUGCCAUCUAAAGGAGUUCUUGGUGUUUCAUCAAGAACGCCUGAAGAUGGCAAGAAGUCGGCUUUCUGAAAUAUCACGCCUUUUGAAUGAUGCUACCUGUCUGAAUACCCGAGAAAUAUUCAAGAUUUCUGUACGCCGGGAAAACCUUAGAUCAUACAUCAUUCUUAUCAUAUUGUGACACACUGUGAAAGCGUCAGUUUUAAAAUAUCAAAGAAAACACUAGAUGUGAUGUGAUGUGAUGUGAUGUGAUUUGGUUUGCUCUUCAUGUGACAGGAUAUUGAUUGGUUGUAACAGGAAACACAUUUUUUAGUGUCGUGGAAGUGUGUGAAAAAAUUUCGCUUUUACCACAGGCAAGAAAACAUUGUGAAUGAAAUGUGGAUGACUUGUAUGUUUCAGUACACAAUAUGAGUUAAUGUUAGCUUGAUGUAAAGGUACUGCCUCCUACUCUAUGAUGGACACAAAUUUAAUGUGUUGUGUAUCACAGUCAGUCAGUGUUGUGAUUUAUUAAGUGGAUUUCAUGUGGUUAGAGGCUGAGACAGUUAAUAUGUAUUUGAGAUAAGGCUUUAAGAAUGUGAGCAGAACAUAUAGUAGCAUCUGCUAUAUACAUUUGACAACCACUUGUCAGAAGAAUGAGUGUUUUUGCACAGAGUUUGAUGUAUUGAAGAUGUGACAGCCAUGUUGUUGGUCAUGAGGAGCUGAAGUUGCUGUAAUUGUGUUCAGUAAUACAGUAUGCAUUGGCAGACAAUGAUGAAAAUAAUUAUUGAUGUGACACAUAGUGGCAAUGAUGUGCAGUUCUUAUAAAUUAAGUGCAAGAUUUUGUCAGUGAGAUGGGGUGAUUGGGAAACAUUGCUACAGCAUUUCAGCCUCAGUGUAUCAUAACUGAUUAUUCAAAUUGUGAUAAUUCAGCCUGUCACCAGAUACUACAGUGUGUACAUUUCCACUCAUAUUGACUGCUGUAACUAUGCUGCCACUUGCCUUUGGUUACUGUAACAUGGUUCUCAAGUCUGAUUCCAUCUCGAUUCCCACUUACUGUGUAAUGCCAUGUUGCACACUUGCCAUGCAUGAAAGGACGUGAGGAACUUUUUGGCAUAUCACUUGUUAAUCGUGCAAGGCUUUUCCCAAAAAGGCAGAUCAGCAUAUUAUUUGUGUAAUGGUUAUUUCAAAAGCAGUUUUGUUAUGCUUGUGGCUGUUGUAUUGCAUUAGUGUGCACCUUCUUUGCAUGUUUCAGGUGUGAGGCUACCUGGAGCUGACAAUGUGCAACUUUGAGGUUACCUAACAGCACUGAAUUUUAUUGAAUAUCGGCAUCGAGUUGUUGGUGCUCCUGUAAUAAAUAUUGCUGUUGUUGUCAACAUUAAUAUAUUAUGUCUAUAUGAGCCAAACAAGGUGGAAUUUAAAGAGGAUAUGAGAAUACAGACCAAAUUGAGUGUCAUUUGAAAAGCAUGUAACCUUCCACAGUAGUUUCAACUCUGCACUAAAAUAUUGUUACACUGUAAAGUAACAGUGACAUUCUAACAAGAAAAAUUAAUUAAACAGAAGUUUGAAGUGAUGAAAUAGCUUCACAUGUCAGAAAAUACUGUAAUUGUGUUCAAAUAUAAGUCCUUGGCAUGAAAGAUUUUCGUUGCAAAAUAUGUGGUUACGAAGAAUCACAUAACGUCUCAGGUUUGGAAUUACCGGUACAUAGCAGAAAGAAAAUAAAGUAACUUGCUGUCAUAAUAAAGGCUAUUUAGGCCAUAACUUUUUUUCUGUGCUCGGCAAAAUCACCGGACUUAUUCUUGACCUCAGAGAAGAGUGGAAAAUGGUAAAGUGCAAACCUCAUGAUGGGAGAUGACUGUGACAGGUUUUAACUUUCAGGAAAAUUGCUACAGCCCAUGCAUCACAUCAUUUUCAUUGUAAGAAUCCAUUAAUGAAGAGAUGCUGAUUUGAGCAUUAUGUGAAAAAUUUAGGUUCAUUGGAGCACUUUUUAAGAAGAGGAAUUUGAUUACAAAAAGUUGUAGAACUGAGGUUUCCUUGAAGUUUGUAAAUCACUGUUUUUUCAUAUGGCCUGUAUUUGUGUAAGGAAUAGAUGUAGUCUCUUUGAUAUUUUCUACUCCUUUAUUGCACUGCAGUUUGUUAUACUUAUUGAUGCACUCAAUGUUAGAAAGUAGUUAAUAUUGAUGUGAAUUUAUUUCCAGCAUGAAAAACAUAGCCUACUAUGGACCUGUUCACCUUACCUAAAGGAGGAAAAGGAGGAAAUGCCAUCAAGGAGGGAUAACAGGAGAAAGCUGUGCAUUAAUAAAUUACAGUGACAUUGUAGUACUUCAGUCAGGAUUUCCUAAAUUCUUUAUAGUGAUCCCAAACUGAUCAACAAGCAACAAUGGAAAUUCCACACAAUUUCUAAGGGGAUGUUGUAAAGUGAAGAUGCAGUAGGGGAGUGUCUUAGCUGUAGUUGUUGCACUACAGUAAAUGGUUUCUAAUGAACAAGGAUGACAGAUGACUGGAAAAAUAUUAUUUGAAAUUCCAGAGUUCAAGGAAGUUCUGCAACAGUUCCCCAUUGCACACUAACGUGUGGUAUACAUAUGAGGCAUGUGCUAGCAUGAAAAACAUAGCCUACUAUGGACCUGUUCACCUUACCUAAAGGAGGAAAAGGAGGAAAUGCCAUCAAGAAUUCUGAAAACGGAACACAUAGUGGAAUUGAUAACCUUGAUGUGGAUGAUGCUGGAAGCCGAAGUGAAGAAACCAUCCCUGAAGCUCUUCACAUACCUGGUAACGAGUAUCCUAUCAUCACUGGGAGAAGACGAUGGAGCUUUGUUAACGUGCUAGAAUAUAACCAUGGACUGUUUGACAAAAUACGAACUGACUUCCUACUCAUGUUCCCAUGAUUUACAGGACUUAUUAAAUUAUGUGAGGUCUCUACCAGGUGGUACUACAGUGACGUCACAGAAAGACCGGGAGAUGCUGACAUCUUGCAUAGCAAACUUACUGAGUUCUCAAAGAGAUAUCCUGGAGAAAUUCUCUUCUGGAGAGAAGACAGAGACCACUUCCACAUCAUUCAUAACUGUGUCUAUUCCUCGAGGAGAUGCAGAUGUUGGUUCCGAAAUGAUGCAUUUAUUUCUUCCAGAAUUAAGAAGCUCCACAGAUGGAAAAGAGCAAUUGCAGCAAUGUCAGAUAUCGACUGGCUCAAUGUACUGUUACACCUCUAUGUGCAAAAGGGGUAUGGCCGCGGACAAAUUUGGAUUAGAGGAGCCAUUAAAAGACUACCUUAUCCAGCUGAAAUUGUAUGAUGGGAAAGUUGCCUCUCAGGAUACCAAACAAUACUGGAAGGGGAAAGUAGUCGAUCUGAUGGUGACAGCGAACAGAGGCAUGCAAAUAAUGAACCAUGUAAACAGUCUCAUUCGAGACGCAAACAGAUCAUUACAGGAAAAGGGUGCAACCCGACAACAAUCGCGCGCCAGGUUCUUUCCGUACUAAUUCAGUACAAUUGUAUACCACCUGAGAACAUUACAAAUGUGCUUCCAAUUGAUCAUGGUUGCUUCAUGAAUUUUAUUGAUCCUAAAUUUAAAAGAUUUUUCGAUAUGGGAUUAAAGUUAUACAAGAAAACCAUUAACGAUUUAGAUCUUAGGGGAAUUGAAUCACUUUUAUGUUCUGGAUCACAGGAUAGUAUAUUUUAUGCUACCUCUAACAAUGCAUGGGAAUGUUAUUAAACUUUGGGCGAUUCUUUAACCUGGUUAAACAAAAUUCUAUUAUUCCAAUGUGAAGAUGACAAUGAUAAAGUUACAGAAUUUUUGUUAAAUUUAGUUUCAUGGUUCAAUAAGAAUGGAUUGUAUUACUGGAGUAAUGAUAAUUAUGUACAGUCAAAAAAGUUAAACACUUUGUGUAUUGUGGGUCCUCCAGAUAGUGGUAAAAAUUGGUUCUUUGAUUGCUUUGUAUCUUUUGCUCUUAAUGUUGGUCAUAUAGGUAGAUGUAAUAACGAAACAAAUCAAUUCACAAUGCAAGAUGCUGUUAAUAGAAGAUUAAUUGUUGGCAAUGAAAUUAGUAUUGAAGAAGGAGCCUUAGAAGAUUUUAAAAAAGUGUGCGAGGGAAUUUCUUGUAACAUUAGAGUGAAGUAUAAAGGCGAUGCAAUUUUAAGGAGGACACCACUUUUAUUAAUUUCAAACAGUCAACCUGUAGUUUGCAGCCACCCUGAUUUUAAGGAUAUUCGUGUGAAAACUGUAAGGUGGCGUAGAUUUGAAGGUUUGCAAAAUGCAACAAAAAAGCCUUAUCCCUUAGCUUUUUUCAGUUUAUUACAAAUGUAUAAUGUGGAAUAUUAAAUGAAAACCAAUUGUAAUUUUGAAAUAGAUAUAUUUUCAAUAACUUGUUUACAAAGGUAAAUAAAAUAUUACAUUAUACAAAAUAAA